UUAUCGCAGCCCUUUCUCAUUGCGCUGGUGGCUGUGGCUAAUGCUGACCGGGGUCUCUUGUUCCUGCUCAGUUGGUAUCAAAUACAUGGGAAUUUUUACCUACUUGCUUGUGCUCAGCAUCGCAGCCGUGCAUGCCUGGAACCUGAUCGGAGACCAGACCUUGUCAAAUAUCUGCGUGUUCGGUCACUUGCUCGCCAGGGUAGUGGCCCUGCUGGUCAUCCCGGUUUUCCUGUACUUACUGUUCUUCUAUGUCCACCUAAUGCUGCUCUAUCGCUCUGGGCCCUAUGACCAAAUCAUGUCCAGCGCCUUCCAAGCCAGCCUGGAG